AUGGGCUGGCUCAACGCCCUUGCCGUCCUGCAGGCGCGCGUCUCGCAGCACGAGCUCGCCGGCGUGCCCGAGUCGACGACGGGCUGGAUCUUCAGCACGUACGCGUUCUUGAUGUUCUCGUGCGGCGUGCAGGUCGGUCCGUGUUUUGAACCACCAUCCCAAACCCGACAGCUGCAACCGGGAGGUGGUGCUCUAACUACUGGCCGCGUAGGACCUAUAUUCGAUGCGUACAAUGUCAAGCUGCUCAUUGUACCAGGGAGCAUGGGCAUGGUUGUCAUGGCCAUGAUUCUCAGCAUCUGCAAGGAAUUCUACCAAUUCUUCCUGACAUUCUCCGUCCUCGGCGGGCUCUCGGCCUCGCUCCUCUUCAACCCCUGCAUCGCAACAACAGGGCAGUGGUUCGGCAAGCGGCGCGCGCUGGCGACGGGCGUCGUCUGCACGGCCGGCGGCACAGGCGGCAUCGUCUUCCCGCUCGUCAUCCUGUACGCCGAGCCGCGCGUCGGGUUCGGCUGGUCCGUCCGCAUCGUCGGCCUCAUCUGCGCCGUCUCGGCCCUCUUCGCCUGCCGCCUCGUCAAGAAGCGCCUGCCGCACAACAAGACGGCCGGCGCGCGGAUGGACUUUGGCGCCCUGCUCGAUCUCAAGUACGCCCUGGCCACGCUGGCCGUCUUCCUCGCCGAGCUCGCCGUCCUCAUUCCCUACACGUACAUCUCUUCGUACGCGCUGCACGUCGGGUUCGAGGCGCACAUGGCGCUCUUGAUGAACUCGCUGCUCAACGUUGGCGCGAUUCCGGGCAGGGCCCUGCCGGGCUUCGUCGCCGAUCGCUUUGGGGCCUUCAACAGCUUCCUGGUGACGGCGGCCGCCUGCGCAGCCAGUAUAUUUUCAUUGUGGUACACCGCCGCGGGUGGUCGGAUGGCUGUGGUUUCGUUCACGGUCCUGUUUGGGUUCUGGUCCGGCGCCACGAUUGCGCUUACACCCGUGUGCGUGAGUAGGGUGUGCCGAAUUGAGGAUUAUGGAAAGCGGAGCGGAACGACGUAUUUGGUUGCGAGUGUCGGCGUCCUGGUCGGCGCCCCCGUCGCUGGCGCAAUAAUCAGGGCGGGCGACGGUUCGUAUUGCGGCAUCAUGGUCUUUUCGGGAGCGGUAUACGCCGCUUCUGCGGCCACGUUGUAUUGGGCGAGAGGGGUUGCUGCUGGUUGGGGGCCAAAGGUGAUUUUCUAG